AGGAAAGCAAUCCUUCCAGUUAGCAUUAAUUUUGUUUCAUUAGCCUUUCAGCUAAUGGAAGGCACGAACGCUUCUAUUAAUUUAGUCAUUUGUUCCUACACGAUGCUAAUCCUAUACGUUUUAUUCGGAAUUUACAUACUGCCCUUGCUUUUAUCUUUUAAAGUCGGUAAACAAUCUAGGACAUUGAUCAAUUGUUCAACGGUUAACAGUCAAGAUUUAAUAAUGAAAGAAUCGACAGAUAAGGGUAACGACCGACAAACUGUUAAGCCAUUAGAGAAAACCAUAAAUUUCUCCGCAUUUUCUAUUUUGCCGGUCAUUUACGUUUGUCUUCUUUGCGGAACAAUCUCAUUACAGUAUGUAAUGUAUUCUGUAUAUAGGACACCAGAAAUCCUUCGUCCUCAAGUCCUAAACCUAGACCAUCCUUUAAUGAAUUAUAAACGAAUUUCUGGAGAAUUUGAUUCUAUUGGAUCUUAUUUAAAUAUGACGAUUGUAGUUGAUUUAGGUAGUGAUGACUCUAUCUCAUGGGAUUUCAUAGAGUGGGCUUCAAAUUCGUGUAACGCUUUAAAAAUGAACAAUUAUACAACAACCGUCUGGAAGGUUCGCAGAUGCUUCAUGAAAGAACUAUAUACGGACAUUAAGCAACAAUGUAACAAUAGUAAUAAAUAUUGUCAGACAAGGGAAAUGAUCGGAAAUCUCUCCUUAGCAGUAAUUAAAAGGUAUCCUCAUAAAUAUCUAUUUAUGGAUCAUUUACUUACGGAUAAUACUGAGAGAGGAAGGAACUUUUAUGUAUUAAAUUUGCAACUUGACUAUCUUAUUCAAUCUAGUUUCGUUGAAGAGGAGUGCUUAAGGCAGAAUAUGAUUUAUGAGUGGAAUAUUUUACGAUUGGCUAUGCCUAGCAAUUAUCCAACAACUGUACACUUUCCGGAUUUUGGCUUCGGGGUUAGACGAUCGUUGUCUUGGCAACCUCUUGCCUCUGCUCUCUUACAAUUAUUUAGUGGUACUACGGCUUCGUUCUUCCUUAAGAUUGAUUUGCGUACGGGUUUAAUCAUGGUUAUUAGUAUAUUAUUAGCUAGUUUUUCCAGUAUAGGCUUAAUGCUAUUAAUGAAUAAUUUAAUAACGGUUUUACAUGUAAUGGCCAUGCCCUAUAUGAUAACAAUUGUUUGUAUUUUGCAUCUUUUAACUUUAACUGUUGUCGUGCAAUUUAAAGGAGAGCAGAGAGUGACAAGGGUUUUAUCGGCCUACAAAAGUGUCACUAAUCCAUCGGUCACCAUGAUUGGUACUAUGUCGUUGAUUACCCUGUUCUUCUCCCUAACCGAUUCUACUCAAUACAUCUAUAGUUUAUUUCAAAUAGCAUUAAUUACGAUUAUUGUCGCUUGGAUAUUUAUAUACUGUUUCUUUUUGCCGUUUAUCAAUAUCAGUUCGAUGCCCCCAUCCUCGCUAAGAGACAAUUUAUUACGGAAUAAACUGAGCGAUGUUGUCAGUUCGGAGAAAUCUUUGGCUAUUCCCUCUAAUAAAGACGAUGAAAAAGAAGGGAAAGGGAAGUGUAUAAAUGCUUUAUCUGGUGAUGUUAUUAGUAUUAUAAAAGGAAAGAGGCGUAAAGUUGGAGUGUAUAAUCUGCAAAUUGGAGGCGAUAUGUUAAUUGAACCCCAGGACAGUAUAAAGGAGAAGGAAAACAUUGAUAAACAAACAACGCAUAUCCGCAUAGAUCCCUCUGACAAUGAUAACAAGAGGCGACAAAAUAAUUCGAACAAUCCUAGGAUAUUUACAGAUAAAAUAAAGUCAGAUUUGUUAACAACUGGUAAAGAUUCAGACUUUAUUAAAAGACUUACACAAGCUCUAAACGAUCUUAAAUCAAAGACUGAUAAUGGCACUAAGAAAGUGACAGAUAAAGAGAAAAAGAAAGAUACCUUUAUCCUCAAGAGGCGGGGGACCUUAGAGCGCAUUGCAGAAGAGGACUGGACGGGUACUAACUCAUCCAGACCAUUAAAUACAUCUACUUUGUCUUUAUUAUCCGAUCCUCCUGAGCAACCAUCCCCCAUCGCAAAACAGACUUUUUUAGGUGUGAAAGGAAAAGUCAGAGCUCAUACUAGACACUCACUUUUGAAACGAACCACCGACUCAGUCUCGGAAAUGAAUGAUAGCGAUACGAAUAACGAUAGCUAUAGUAUGAAAGCCGAAAAGAUAAGCCCGAAUAGCCAGUCUCAAACUACUGUUGUUUCUUCAUGGUCAACUGACCAUUUAGAGGAUGCUAACAUGGCCCUUGAUAAAACAGAAUCGAUAAUGUAGUCGAAUAUUUAGAGAUCAAUCCGAAGGCGACCAAAAGUCUACAAGUAGUUUAAAUAAUAUGUCAUUUGUUCGAUAUAAAUCGACAUUUAAUGAAAAUUUCAAUAAGACCAAACGCCAGAAGCAGGAAAAAAGAUCAAACGAAACGCCGACAAAUGCCAACAAUGACAGAUCACUGAGACGGCGAACGUUUAACAAGUAUAAUAAAGAUAGAAAUUGUUUGUCUAUGAAAAAUACUGUUAUUUGUUUGUUCCAUUUUUAAUAUAUAUUAAUAU